CAGAUACAGGACCAGUUCUAGUCCGGGCGAAUCCGGGAAAUGCCUACCACGAAUCCGGUGGCUCCGUAACCGUUUCCAUCGCCACACACAACGUCCACAUCCAACACCAAUAAUUAAGUGAUGCGUUAGUUAGAUUAAUAUGUGGUAAUAAAGACGCGGAGAUCGUCGCUCGAUAGCUUAGGCCUCUAUUAAUAGAGAGAUGGACCGGAAUAAAUGCGAAUGCGGCAGAUGAUAGAAUAGUUGGUGCUUGCAAGAGAAUGCUAACAUGUGUCUUCCACAAGCCCACGACGAAUAAAGGAAGACAUGGCAACGCCGUCAGACAGCCCUAUCGAGGAGGUCGUGUUCGAGAUAGAGCCGUCCAGGGUGCCCAAGCCCGUGCCUGUUGCCCUAGAGGACCUCUGCAGGCUCACCAAGUUCACACGACAGGAAAUUAGAAUCAUGUAUCGAGGAUUCAAAACGGAAUGUCCAGAGGGUGUUGUCCAUGAAGAUAGCUUUAAAGAAAUUUAUUCGAAAUUUUUUCCACAUGGAAAUUCGAGUUUGUAUGCACACUACGUGUUCAAAGCCUUCGAUGUCAACUGCAACGGAGCAAUUAGUUUCAGGGACCUGCUGAUAACCUUAUCGACGUUGCUCCGCGGUUCGGUGUACGAGCGCCUCCGAUGGACCUUCAAACUGUAUGACGUGAACGGUGACGGCUGCAUCAGCCGCGGCGAACUGUCCGAAAUCGUGGUGGCGGUGCACGAACUCAUGGGGCGGCGCGCCCACCAGGUGGAGGACGACCGCAAGGCCCGCGAGCAAAUCGACCGAGUCUUCCGGAAGCUGGACCUCAACCAGGACGGCGUCAUCACCAUCGAGGAGUUCAUGGAAUCGUGCCUCAAAGACGAUGUGAUCACUAGGUCUCUGCAGAUGUUCGACUCAGUGCUGUGAUGACCGGACGGCGAAAAGUGACCUGGUGGCAGGAGAGAUGCGCCAGCCUGGCUGGGACACGCGCGGCCUUUCUGCGGUUGCUCGGACGGGAACACGGCGCCGCAGUCUUAGCAUCGUCCAUCCGUACACUUCAACAACUUUGCGUUCUUUCGCCCACUCCAGACCCAAAAAGCCCAAAAAAUUACACGAAAAACUGAAGCGAUUCCGUAUUUGGACAAUCAGAAGCUUUCGCAGAAGAUUCAGAAAAUUUUGUUUGCAAUUUUCCAAAAUGAACAGGUUUUUGCGUCUGGAGGGGCGAAAAGCACACUUUACGAGUUCCAUUUUUGUAACGACGAGGAGUCAAAACAGUCUUAUGCUUGACCAUCGGCUGAUUAGCUCUUAGUUAGCUUUGUAUGUUUUUUAAGGAAAUUUACUCUUACUGUAAUAUUUUAAGGGGUGAACCUGGAGACAAUUCCUGCAUAUAUUUUGAAAACCUUGCUUAUGAUUUGUCAAUUAGAGCUAAUAUUACGAAUAAAACUUAGAUAAAGAAGAUGUUGAAUUGAGAUUAUUAUGUAGCAAUUAAUCCAGGCCAAACCUAAAGUGACUGUCAGUUGUGAAUGUGACUGUAAUUAGGUACGUAACGAGCCUAUGAUUGAAAUAAUUUUGAUCUGAAGUUGUUUCGAUCGUAUAAUACCCCAAUCAACAGACCGGGUCUGUCCGCCUAAUUUAAAGUGCUAAGAGAAUAAAAUCGUGGGUCUACAUGCACAGGUGUCUGAUUCUCUUCCUGAAUUUAUUUAAUUCUGAAGUGCCUCUUUGCCUUUUCUUUAUGAAUUAAUAAACUGUAAGACGUAAAUGUAAAUUUUAACAUAAUUUACUCCCAAACGACAAAUAUUUUUGAUAAAAGAACGUCACAUUAUUAUUGGCUUUUGAGAAAUAGUACAAAAAACUUGAAAUUAUUUUUGUGUCAGCGUACACGAACCACAAAAUUGUAACGAAAUUUUACACCCUUUAUUACACACGCGGUCUCGUAAAUUUAUUGUAAAAGUGAAUAUUCGAAAAUCUGGAAGUACUUCAGAAUGAUAUUCGAUUUUUCCCGUAGUUCAGUAACACUGCACAAGUUCAAAGCACGUGUGUGUUUGAACUUGUGAGUAAGGUACAAGAAUUGUAAAUUUAUCCGUAUUUACAUCAGUUUAGCUUAAGAUCCUUGUUCUUCCUUAAGUGGUUAAAGUGAAUAGACUUCAUCGAAUUACUGUUUAAAAUAGAAACUGUUGGACUAAAAUUUCGUUUUGAUCGUUGUAGAUAUUAGGAGAUAAGUUCGGCUUUUAUUUAGUUUAGUUAAAUAAAUAUCUAGGAAAUGUUAAUCAAAAUAUACGAUUAUUAUAUGAUAUAGUGAAAUAUAUCGUAACAGUAGAUGUCUUAAAAUCGAUUUCUUUCUGUUAUCUGUUAUUGCGUUCAGUCAGCAAAAGAGCAAUGUCCGUAAAUUACCAAAUAUGCAAUACAUCACAUGCAUAUCGAGAACUACAAUCACAAGAGCCAACCAUCACUACUGAUUUGCCAACAAAAUGAGCUUUUUAAAUGAUACGGUUAAAUGUGGUAAUAGACUUAAGAUUUCUUAAACUGUAUUAAUUUUUUACUAUUCUUUGUAUAACAAGAUGGCCAGACGGCACUAACACACUUCAUAAACAUGUAACUGUGUAAAAUUUUAAUUAAAAAGUGACGAUAGGAUUAACAAAUUUCAUACGUGCUGUACUAUAAAUGUAUUAAUUAAUUAAAAUAUAUUUUAAAUUCAGGGCACAAUUAAUUACAUUACUACUAUUUUCGCAUCAGAGGCAUGUCCCAUAAAACAACUUAUGCGAAAAAUUUUACAUGAAGUCGGUUUAAAAAGUUGCAAUUAAUAUGUUUCUCCCCAGAAUCAGCAAUAUUCGCGCAGUACACAUAAUUUUGACUGACUAAAAACCAAAUUAUAUUAUUGUUAUAAAGUUUAAUUAAUAAAUUGUUAUACGGUGUACAAUAA